AUGGCAGGGGUGGUGGACAAGCUGUGUUGGAUCACUUUAUUAGACAAAAUCAAUGCUAUCAUCACAUGCCAUUCUCAUUUUGUAGCCGAUGGAGACAUUCGCCUGAGAGAUGGAAACACACAAUACCAAGGUCGCGUGGAGAUAUACCAUAAUGGAGAGUGGCGGAGAGUGUGUGAUGAAGGGUGGGGAAUUAACGACGCCAAAGUUGCGUGUAGGCAGCUCGGCUUUGAAGGCGCACACACUGCAUAUAUCAACUAUAACCCCAGAGGCCCUGGAUCCUUUUGGUUGUCCAACCUCAAUUGCGCUGGAACUGAGGGGCGCUUGUCCAGUUGUACUUCCCGAGGGUGGGGCACCAUCAGCUCUUACUGCGCAGUCGGAGACAACGACGAUGCUGGGGUCGUCUGCAAAUCACCUGGCGAUGGUGCUGUUCGCCUGGUGAACACAAGUAGCCCCUACGAAGGCCGUGUUGAGGUGUACUAUGCCGGGGAGUGGGGACGUGUGUGUGAAUACAACUGGGGCUUAAACGAUGCCAAGGUGGUUUGUAAGCAACUUGGAUUGGCUGGGGCUCAUACGUCUUUUAGGGACUGGAAUCCGAGAGGCACCGGUAAAUACUGGCUGUUUAAUGUCAACUGUGCAGGAACAGAGUCCAAUAUAACCCAAUGCACCCACGGUGUAGUUGGCGUCUAUAACAGUAAUUGCAGACAAAGUUACUACGACGACGCCGGGGUAAUAUGCUAUGGAGACGGUGACGGUGCAUUGCGUCUUAUUAACACAUCAAAUGCGUACGAAGGUCGCUUGGAGAUCUUCUAUUCCGGGAGAUGGGGGAGGGUCUGUGACUACGGCUGGGACCUGACUAGCGCUGACGUGGCGUGUAAACAGCUUGGGUUCACCGGGGCCCACACACACGUAUUUAAUAAGACACCGCGGGGGACAGGUCUAUUCUGGAUACAGAAUUUGAAUUGCCAUGGAGGAGAGGCACGCUUGGCAGAUUGCUCCCAUGGCGGCGUUGGCGUAGUCAGCUCAUCUUCAUGUUCCCAGUCUUCGUCAGAUGACGCCGGCGUUCUGUGUAAAGGGCCCAACGACGGAGAAAUCAGAUUGAUCGGCCCCUCCCAAUAUUUUGGUCGAGUUGAGAUAUUCUACGCAGGAGGCUGGGGAAGAGUGUGCAAAUACGUUUGGUCAAUGAAUGACGCCAAAGUAGCCUGUAGACAGCUUGGCUUCAGCGGGGCGCUGAAUUACUGGACAAACUGGACACCUCGAGGGACUUCGAGGGUGGUUCUAGACCAAUUAAACUGUGCCGGUACAGAAAGUCGACUGGAUGCUUGCACUCAUGGAUGGAUUGGAUAUCCAAGUGAAUCGUCUUGCUCGGCAACCUCUGCCGUGGACGCCGGAGUCGCAUGUGAAGCGCCUGGCGAUGGUCAACUUCGUCUGGUGGACGGUAACGGCUACAACAGCGGCCGUGUGGAGAUCAAGUUUGCCGGAGUAUGGAAGCGCAUUUGUGACUGGGGAUGGGGAAGCAACGACGCCGCAGUUGUCUGCCGACAGUUGGGAUAUAGCGGAUAUGUUAGAUCCGCUGCAGGUUGGAACCCCAGGGGAAGUGGGUCUUAUUGGCUGCAAAGAGUUGGCUGUAUGGGAACAGAGAGCAACCUUACAGACUGCACUCACGGUGGAGUUGGGGCAUAUACCUCUUCAUACUGUGGCUUAGAUAGAUAUGAUGACGCUGGCGUCUACUGCCAGGGAUACCUACCGGGUGUUACUCCCCCAAAUACAACCACCACCACUCCGAACACACAGACCACAAGAACCACCGUUGCAUUUCAGAGAGGACCUAGAUGUUAUACUUGCUCAGGCACCUCCUCGUGUGGCGAAUUACAAACCCGGUUCACUUACAACACCUACAUCACGUGUUCUUAUGGAUACGUGUGCCACAUAAAGGCUACGGCGUAUCGCAAUUACGCUCUCGAUUUCGGUUCUUCUACCAUUGCCUACAGCUACAGCCGCGGGUGCAGAGACCGAUCAUUUUGUACCAACCGGGAGUUUCUGGCAAGUACCUGCACGGGAACUGGGGCCAGUAGGGUCUGCAGGGAGUGCUGCACUAGUGACUACUGUAACAGUGGUACACUGGAUACGUCCCAAGCCACCACCACUGACAGAGGAUUCAGUUCAAAGUGUGCCUGGUUUAACAUCUUCUUUCUUUUGAUCUUUGUCUUUGCCUGGAAUUGAAAGCCUAAAGUGCCUACUUUAGAUCCUAAUAUGACAACAAAUCUCUUAGGGCGCAUUCCCAUAGAUUUUAGAUCGAUCUAUCCCCGUGGGGAGUCUCACUAUAGAUAACUG